GCACAUCCUCGCCUCCUCCGUCCAAGCUCCCACCCGCUCGCCGCCGUUCCCAGCCCGCCGCCGCCUUCUCUGCCUUCCUACACCGUGCAUCCGUCGCAGCUGCACCCGUCUGUCUCGCCAGCAUGAGCACAGUGGCAGCCACGCCCCAGGCCACCACCCUAUGGGCCACAGCUUCAAAGGAAUGGGUGAUCCCGGCCAAACCGAAGCCUGGCCGCAAGCCGAAGAAAGACAGCGCUCCAGUCGCCCAGGACACUUCCGAGACAGACAGCAAGGGCCGCCGCGUACAGAACAGGGCUGCGCAGCGUGCCUUCCGUGAGCGCAAGCAGUCCCAACUCGCGGAGCUCCAGGCCCGUGUCCAGCAGUUCGAGCAGGGCGAGAUCGAGCGCAACGUCGCCCUGCAGAACAUCGCCAAGCGGCUCAAGGAGGACAACGAGAAGCUUCGCGAGGAGAACAUUCUUCUCAAGGAAAAACUCUCUCAGCUCGAGGACACCGUCGGGCCGCCAGACAACUCGAAGAAGAGGACUCGGCAUGACUCUAUCCAACGGUCUCCGAGCCUUCCGUCCGCGCAGUUGUCUAGGAAGAAGUCUAAGGUCACCCCCGAACCUCCGAGCAGGCUCGCAACCUCCAUGUCUCCCGGUGGCUCGUACGACGCACCUUCCCCUGCGUCAUCCGUGUCUUCAUCGCAACCGUCUUCCCACACGAGCUUUUCGCCGCUGCCUACCCAGGACUCGCGCAUGUCGAACAGCAUGUUCGAUAUCUCGAACGGCAAGAGCGAGUUGUACGACGGAGGGAUGCUAUCGUGUGGGUUCUGCAACGAGACGACAUCAUGUGUUUGCAAGGAGUUGGCUCUGCAGAACCAAGUCUCGGAACAGUUGAGGCUUUCUGAUCCGCCUUCGCAUAAUGUAUCUGCGCCGCAUCUCGGCGCGCGGCGCGACACUUCGUUGCAGCCUUCCAUUCUCGACAACCUUCCCCAGUACCAGGCCCCGGUACCGCUCCGUCGCCGCUCUCCCGCGAACUCUGGCCGCGCCGCCGUCUUCCCCGUCGCCCCGCCACCCGCCUCGUCCUCGACGUCGGCAGCGUCCUGCUCGGGUGAUCCCUCCAACUGUUUGGCAUGUGCUGACGACGCCUUCGGAAAGGCCUUCUGCGAUGCCAUCGGCAAGUCUGUCGCUUCGACCUCAUCCGGCUGCGGCUACUGCCCGGACUCCACACAGGCCACUGAGAGCGUGCCAUCCGCUCCAACUAGUGGUGGUUGCUGUGGUGACCCAAUGGCGUGCGGCGGCGUCGUUUCAUGUGCCCCAGCGACACCUGUUGUUCCACAGCAGGACAACACGAUGACCGACGCACAAGGCCCUUCUGAAACCGUCUCUUGCGACAUCGCCUGGCGUGAGAUCAAAGCCCAUCCCAACGUCGCCUUCACGGAUCUCAGCCUGCUCGCGGACGUCGUUGCACGGCGAUCGAAGUGCAGUGGCCCGCGUGUCGAGAUCGUGCCUGCGCCAGGUGCGGUCACGCCAGAGCGGGGCCUUUCUCCUGCCAUCUCCUCAUCGCACGCCGAGAACGGUCAGUCUGUUCUGCUGUCGGACCCACGCGCGCCAUACGACGCGAGGCAGGGUAUGGGCGUGUCGACCGCGCGGUCGCCACCACCGCAAUUGGUUCCUCAGGAGGUUCUCAUCAGCUGUGGUCGUCAGCGGGUACGCGAAGUUAUGGCUGACGGAGUUCGUGAUGCUCUGAGGCUCUUGGACGCAAAGUUCCCUCUAUCUACUCGCCAGAACACCUAUAUGUCUUGAGUCUGUAUCACCGUUCUGUACGUUAUUGUAUGUCGUAGGUAGCCACUUCAACCAAAAUGAAAGACACCAAGCCACCGUCUUGUAUGCUCUGCACAUAUGCUCCAAGUC